AUGGUUCAUGUCCCAUAUGUGAAUGAAUUGCUCAAUGCUUUUGCUGCCCCAGUCAAAUAUCUGCUAUCCUCUACAAAAGUUACCGCACAAGAACCAACAUUAGUGAUAGUGCGCGAUUCGUUUUCACUCAGUAUGCUUGUUCGUCUUGCUGGUCUCUCAGGUGCCCUGUCUGUUAUUGCCGGGGCCUUUGGCGCACACGGAUUCAGUGCAGACCGAGAGAAGGACAAGCGCAUUUUUCAGACGGGGGCUUACUACAACUUGGUUCACUCUAUCGCUCUCCUUGGAGCCACGCAAGCCCGUCGUCCUAACUUAACCGCUGGCCUAUUUCUCCUAGGAAUGUCCAUGUUUUGCGGAUCCUGCUACUAUGUUGCACUGACUGGAGACAAUCGCGUAUCUAAAAUCGCUCCCGUUGGCGGUAUAACACUGAUCAUUGCUUGGCUAUCUUUCGUUGUUUGA